UACCACUGUCAUCUACUCUGUUAUCAUCUUCGACUAGCUCUAGCUGCACGUCUUGUUAGACGUCUUCUACUUCUACUAGUAGGUCUGCUGGAGGAUCUACUGUGGAGCAUGAGCAUAGGUCAGUGGAGCAUCUGCGGAUCUGGAAAUCGCAUUUGGAUGAAGGGCUCAUCUCCGAAAGUGAGUAUGGCGAACUCAAAGCUUUUCACAAGGAGGCGUAGUUUGGGUAGACCAGGUCUGGACGGGACCCCGAUGAUAUUCGAAACGCGAUUCUUUUUUGCCUAGUUCUUGCGAUGAGGACAAGCAGAUGAGGUGAUCAUACAACAACUCCUUUUCUCCAUCUUCUCACGAUGUGCUACACCUUGGUGUAUCUGCUACUUUUCGCCACGACUUUGAUUCCUUGUGAAUUUUCUUUUAGUUUGGAAUCCUCGACUGGUGGUUCGAAGGUGGAUGAGAAUGGCACAGGUGGAGGUGUUUCAGGGGGGUGGGUCACAAAAUGCAGUGAGAGGACUUGCUGCAACGUCGUGAUCGUGAAGGGAAUCCGUGAUUUGAAUCGUUGAUUUGAUGUAAAGAGUGCUACCACGCAGUAAUGACAGACUUGACCAAAACAGAUUAUACGACGCUCUAUGAAGCGAGCAUUUCCGCAACAUUACAGCUCCAGCAGUCCUUUCAUCAUUUGAAAUCGCGCAUGACAGUCGUCCUGAAGGACAACAUCCCUGCCGACGUCUUGAC